AGAAGGAUUUUGAAGUUUAAGACAACCCGAUUAUGUAAUUUCCAAAAGGAUACAUAUUCGAAAAUUAUAAAUAUCAGUUUCUAUUCUGAUGUCCAAAUAUAUUGUCCUGUAACAGCUUUGAUAGAAAGAUGUGGAGAGAGAUUCUUGUAACAGCCGUUUUUCUACAAGUGUUUUCUGUAUAUGCAAUUUCAGUGAAGGUAAAGAAUGGAAAAGUGGCAUAUUUCAGAUGUAGUGAUGGAAAGGUUGUUGAUGUAACGGAAGCAAUAUAUGAAAAAGGCUCUUGUGGUGAUCCUAAUGCACUAACAGCCGUGCAGGAACUAGCAAACGGAAAAACACGUUACGAUCUGCCAGUUGCAAAAUCAGUUUUUUCGAGCACAUGUGCAGCUAACGUAGAUGAAAAACUGAAAGUCCAGUAUGACUGUGUUAGUCCUACUGCAAGUUCUGCAACACCAAAUGGAGAUACGGCAGAGAUAUUAUGUAAUGCCGGGCAAUACAUAACAAUAACAAAGGCCACUUAUGCUGAUAUCAGCAAUGCUUGUUUUGACGCAAAUGCAUUUAGUAUUGUCCAGGCUAGUUGUAACAAUCAGGUUACUUGUUCGAUAGAUGUAGACUCGGCUACGUUUCCAAGUUCCACUUGUAACCCUGUUGGCAGUGAAAGUUUAACAACUUCUUACACCUGUACACAAGCAACAGGACAAGUGUAUACACGAUGGGGAAGUACAACGUGUGGAUCAACCGCUCAAUUAUUAUACUCAGGCUUUAUGGCUGGUGGAAAGCAAAGUACAGCAGGGUCUGGAAGUGACUACCUUUGUAUGCCAAGUAUACCGUCUUACACAGGUGAUGAAUCGGGGUCCGCAGAAUCAGACAGGGGAUCACUUUACGGUAUUCAGCUUGGGCUGGACACCUCUGAAGGAUCUUCUCCUUUUGAUACUAGUAAAGAUGGUUAUCUUGUUGACUGUGCAGUUUGCCAGAUAUUAGCAAAUCCUGCGGUUUUCAUGCAAGCAGCAACAAAUACAUGCCCAACUGGUUGGACUGUUGAAUAUACUGGUUACCUGAUGUCUGAAAUAGCUGCAGGAGUAACUGCGACUUCAAAGGGAUAUGCAUGCAUGGACAAAGACGCACCCCUAGCCACGGAUAGUAGUGCCGAUGAUGCAUUUGUGUAUCCAGUAGAAGGAAAAUGUGGAACACUUUUAUGUCCCAAUUAUGAAGAUAAUGCCGAACUUACAUGUGUAGUUUGUUCUAAGUAAUUUGCAUGCACUUUGAGGCGACUAAAGGCGUUUGAUUUAGAUCUAAUGAGCUUUACACCACCAUUUCCUAUAAUUUGUAUAUAGACCACGCUUCAAAGAUACAUACUGUUUUGAUAUCUGUUAUACUCAAUAUGUAUUUUUGCUUAACAAAAAACUAUGGAAUGUAGUAUAAAAUACUUACGGUAACAACAUAAAGCUUACUUGAUUAAAGUACAAUAUAAAUUA